AAAGAAAAAGGAAGGAGAGAAGAGAUAUCGGAACGAUGCGCCCGAUUCAACGAUUGUUGUUACUUUCCCUUCUGUUGUUGGAUAACCAAGUGGAAGUUAUUUUACCGAAAGUCACGAAUACCAUCCCUGUCGUUCGAUGGAGCUCUUAUUCGCGAUCGACCAGCUCGACGUCUUCGUCCUCGUUUUUGUCCUCCCUGUCAUCGUUCAAGGAAGAAGAUUGCGCCGGAUGCGCGCAAAACAAGGUUGGCCUGAUCACCGUCACGGAUCCAAUUCUAACCGAGCUAAGAGUCGAAUAUGUCAAACAACAAAUCCUCAAGAAGCUACGGCUUUCCAAACCACCCGAGAUAUCGAUGCCGCUCUCGACCUUGCCAAAGCCUCUGAUAAAUGGCCGUGUGCUCGAACUUCGACCCGGAGCGCCACUCGAACCGGAAAAAUCAGUCGACAGUUUUUACGGGAAAACCGAUCAGAUUGUCGUUUUUCCAAACGAAGGUAUCGCAGAUUCGAAAAAGUGCCGGCAAAGAUCGAACCAUUUGACGGCGUGCUUCACGUUUUAUCUACCGAACGAGAUGCAAUUCGUGGACGUGACCUCGGCGCAGCUUUGGUUUUACAAGGAGUACGACGAGAACGACGAGCGGAAUCAAACGUUUGUAUUGUCUGAACUCGAUCAUUGGGAUUUGUACGGAAACUUUGAGAAGAACAUGAUCAUGGCUAUCUUCGAGACCGAUAUCAGAGAGGGAUGGGUCAAGGCCGACGUGAGCUUCACCUUGAAGAAAUGGGUGAAGGAACUUCGGUUAAAUCACGCGAUACAGAUAGGUUGCAGCACUUGCUCGAUCGAUCGAGAUACCGCGCCUGUAUCCAUUCGGCGAACUUUGAAACCUUUUCUCGUCGUGCACACGUCCCCGUUGCCGCAAAAGAACAGGCCGAAGAGAAACUCGAACUGCUUGCCGGAAAUGAAGGAGUGCUGCAGGGACGAGUUGUACAUUAAUUUCGAGGACAUCGGUUGGAGCGAUUGGAUCCUCCAUCCGAACGGAUAUCACGCGUAUUUCUGCCGUGGAUCUUGUUCUUCCGCAGCUUCGUUGACCAUCAGUGGAUCUCUCUACAAUAAUGUGAUCAGAAAGUUAUUGAGCAAAAAUGGGAAUACGAUACAUCGAAAGAACGAGAUCGUUCCAUGCUGUUCACCUACGCAAUUAUCGCCGAUUCAAUUGCUCUACGUCGAUUCGAACAAUACGAUUACGCAAAAAACGUUGCCGAACAUGGUAGUCGAGGCGUGUGGUUGCAUGUGAUUUAUCGAAAAAUCGAUCGGUUCUUUGUUCGAUAAUGCCCUAAAAUCGAUUUUUCCAAAUUUUUCUUUCAAUUUCAAACUUCGUUGUACCUGCCCCGUUCGAGUAGACACGCGCGUGUAUACAAAAUUCUCCCAUGUUCUACGUUGAAUGAUGAGAAGAAGAUGAUUAAAAAAAAUGUUGCGUUAUAUUUAAAUAAUUUGAUAGAGGAAACACCGUCUUACAGAAAGAUCAGAAUUAUUGUGCGAAAAUAGAGCCGAGAAGAAUGCGUAAAUUGCCUUUGAUCUUGGCUUUGAUAUCCAACAACGAAUCGUCGCGUUAUAUUAUAUAUACUAUAUAUAUAUAUAUAUGGUAUAGUAUGCAGAAAUUUGCCAUUUUUUAAUUUUUCGAGAACGUUAUUUAUAAGUUGAUAAGUUGAAUACAAAGUUGCGAAACGUCGAUCAGGAUCACAUGCUUAUACGCGUACAUAUUGCGUACAUAUUGCGUACAUAUUGCGUAAAUAAUCGAAACAGUAUUCAUUUUCUAGCUAUAUUUUCCGUUAUCGUAAAAAUCGUACGUUUUAAACUAUUACUUAUUUCAUAUUUAAUCCAAAGACAAUUGUAUAAUUAUGCGCGCACGUUUUGAUAAAAUAUAUUUAUUAUCGAGUCAAAUCAAUUAUAUAUACACUAGAAUAGAUAAACAAUCGCUAAAGUCUACGAUGGAACUUGCUUCUACGAUAAAUUCAGUUCUGCUUAUUUUUUGGUUUUUUUUUUUUUUUUUUU